CGCUCGGCUUGCAGUUUGUCAAUUCGCGCUCUCGAAUGAACACUUCUGGAUUUAAUAUCCGAAAAUGGACAGCAGGGGUGUGAAGGAUCUGUACGCUGAAGUGCUCCAAAAAGAACAGAGGCGUUAUUACGUGGGUGAAUCCCGAAUUAAAGCUGCAAUUCAGAACAUGAAAGAUGCCUACCUCCCGGACAAAGACUGGGAGGAAAAAAACGUACCUUUGUACGUCAAUUACGACGAUGCUGCCCAUCGCUGUGCCUAUUUGCACAAAUACGCCGCAUGCUAUACGGGCAUGGUACAAGAGUUACUGAAAGACACUUUUCAGAGGGAUAACCAAGUAAAACGUCAACUGAACUCGCUACGAAAGCUGAAUCUUUGUAGUUUGGGCGGAGGCCCGGGAACAGAUGUUGUUGCAAUAUUAGACGUCUUCGCCAACUUCAUGGAUUUUAUCCCUUGCAGUGUGAAUAUCAUAGACCUCAACGGAAGUUGGCGAAGUGUAUUCGAAUCUGUGGUGCAAGAACUGCAAUGUGGGAACAACAGGAAAUUGAAGAACAUGCUAUCGCCGAGCUAUUUUCGUUUUAAUUACAUCACAGCAAACAUGCUUUUGCCCCUGAGUCCACUCGUGAAGUCGUCCAUAAUGAGUGCAGACUUUAUUAGUAUGGUAAAGUUCAUUUCUGCUGCUGCCUGUGAUAACACUGAAUCCAUGGUUUCGGAAAUAUUUCGCUACCUCAAGCCGGGAGCCCUCGUGAUGUUCAUUGAUAAUGCUGCUGGUGGUUUCUUACAAAUGCUUCAAGAUCAGGCUAGGAACCACAGACUGCAGACUGUACGAGGGCCUGUGGAGCACUACCGCUUCGAAAAUGCAGACUACAGCGUAAAUCGCUUCGGAUAUACAAGUCAAAGCAAGACCACAGUUUCCUUGCAGAUCUGGAUGAAGCCACAGUCGAUUCAUAGUACCAGUCAGUCGCUUCGACAUCAGUAUGUGGCACAGGCUCAGGCUCGCCAACCUCGGCAAUAUGACUACGUUAGACAUGGCACUGGAUUCAGGAUCGCUCCUGAACAAGAGCGGGGCUGCUGUUCGUUAAAUUGAAAUAUGUGACACAGGCUGAGCUGAGUA